GAUCGGCUUCGUUUUGUUUGGGACUCGAUUUCAAAAAUUGGCCGCGACGGUGCAAGCGCACAGGGUGAAGUGAAGGACAAGAUGAUGGCCUCCGCUGGGACUGGUAUUCUUCGCACCUGUCUUCUUCCUGCGCCAAGACCUAAACCUUUGGUGCCUCGUCCUUUCCUCCAGAUGACUCUCAAAUCCAGAACCGCCCUCGUUAUCCCUCGCAUGUCCUACAAUUCCGACCCCACUCCAACUCCGGCCACCGAGCGCUUAAUCUCGGUGGCCUCUUACACCCUUCCAUUCUUCAAUUCCCUACACUAUGGCCGCUACCUCUUCCUGCAAUUCCCAAGUUUGGGUCUUCUCUUCGAUCCCAUCCUUCCUCUUGUUACCCUCUACAGGUCCAUCCCUUACUCCAGCUUCGUGGCCUUCUUCGCUCUCUACUUGGGCGUUGUCAGAAACCCUUCCUUCAGCCGCUAUGUCAGGUUCAACUCCAUGCAAGCCGUGACUCUCGACGUCCUCUUGGUGCUGCCCCUCUUGCUUCAAAGGAUUUUCACUCCAGGUCGCUCCGGACUCGGCUUCCGCCUCAUGGUUUGGGCCCAUAGUUUCCUCUUCCUCUUCACUCUUCUAUGCUUCCUUUACAGCGUCGCAUCCUGCGUGUUGGGCCGCACCCCGCACCUUCCCUUUGUUGCCGAUGCUGCUUCCAGACAACUCUGAUUUUCAUCUCUCUGAGAUUUUCUGUGUCACGGACUCUUGGCCGGCUGCCAUGCAUCCAUGCGACAAGCACACGCACAAGCACUUGGAUGCAUGUCUUGAAGAUUGUGGAGCCACGUUAGCCACCUCAAGCAAAGCGACUACAAUCUGUCAGUCCCUAUUUGACAUUAAGGAGUAACGGCUCGAACCGAGGAAACAAAAGGAUGGGAAUAAAAAGAAUGAAAACUGAAGGAUUUGAAGUCUUUCCAUUU